AUGAGCGAGUAUCUACCUUCAUUUAUCGUCGAACCUGUCCUCCGCCAAGCGCGGCGCUUUUCCAGACUCAGCACCGUCGAAGAGCCGUCCUCCUCUGGCUUUCUCCCUACUGUUCCUGACCUCCAGCGCUGGAACCCAUCGCGUCUAUGGACGACCUCUCCUCCCCCUUCGCUCGAGGAACCGGUACCAGAGAAUAAAGAGACCACGGUGCAGUCCAUCACAAGAACAAUACAGUUAUGGGUGAAUCAAUUGAACGCCUUCGACGAUCAGAUCCCUUCGCCCCCGCUGGAGCCAAUGGAUGACGAUUUGGCAGUAACGGUUUCGAACCACGACUCAGCCAUAGCAGAGUUCCCUUCUUUGGACGGUGAGCCUGAUUUGUCCUCGCGACCGGCCCUGCGCGAAGAGAAUCGAACAAAUAGCGAAAGGUCUCUCAACCCCGCGCAGGAGUUGUCCUAUAGGUCGCGAGCGCAUCAAGACAGCGCGAGACCACACUCUAUGUCUGAUCCGUUAGCGGCUGUUCAUGCUGGUCCGUUCAGAAUGGAACAGACCAACCCCAGACGAGAAGACUACGACGGGAACGAAUCUCGUGGAAGAGAUGGAUCCGGCACUCUACCUGAAGACGAUGGCAUGGGCAUACUCAGACAAAGGAUUAAUGCUGUACGCAAUGGCCCUGGGACACAAUCAGAAAAGUCUCGCUUGGUACAUGCAUUGAUGAUGGAGCGUCAUCUUACCUUCCAAGCUCUCCGGUCCCCAACACUGUCGUCGAGCAAAGCGCGCGACCCUUCUCGCAGCCCCGGGUCACCUGUCUCUGUUAUCUCUGGUGGUAGCCAUGAUGUGGUGUACAAUGUUACUGCCGAAGACUUGAUCCCGACGUAUGCUCCAAUGGAUUCGGAGCCCGUGCAGGACGACAUGGACGGUGCGGUAGAGCCCCCGACACAAGACUUGGGUUGUAUACAUUACAAACGAAAUGUCAAGAUGCAGUGCAACACCUGUCACAAGUGGUAUCCCUGCCGAUUAUGCCAUGAUGAGGUGGAAGAUCAUACUCUCCCCCGGCGACAGACCAAGCAUAUGCUCUGUAUGUUGUGUAAAACCCCUCAACCUGCUGGACACUUUUGCCGGGCGUGUCGCACCAUGACUGCCAGCUACUACUGUCGGGUCUGCAAACUCUGGAGCGACGAUCCAAACAAGCCGAUCUAUCAUUGCGAUGACUGCGGCAUAUGCCGAAUUGGCCAAGGCCUGGGAAAGGAUUUCUUCCAUUGCAAGACGUGCGGUGCUUGCAUGUCCAUCCAAGCCGAGAGUGUGCACAAAUGCAUUGAGAGGAGUACAAAAUGCGAUUGUCCCAUCUGUGGAGAGUACAUGUUCACCUCGAAUAAGUCAGUGGUGUUUAUGCGGUGUGGUCACAGCAUACAUGAGUCCUGUUUUGCCGAAUGGUGCAAUGCGAGCUAUAAAUGUCCGAUAUGUUCAAAGAGCAUCGCCAACAUGGAAAGCCAAUUUCGAAGACUGGACCGACAUAUCGAAGAGCAACCAAUGCCCGAGGAAUAUCGAGACAACCGUGCUUACAUCUUCUGCAACGACUGCAACAGCCGCAGCGUGACCAGGUACCACUGGCUAGGGUUGAAAUGUUCCCUUUGUGAAUCAUACAACACCACCCAGCUCGAACUUUUAGGUGCCGAGCAAACGCCCCAACUUGAGCGCGAGCAAGAACAAGCUCAGCAAGCUGGCAUCAGCGAGGCGGCCAUCACGGCUAGCCAAAGUCACACUCCGACCGGAGAGUUAACGCAGCCUGCAACCACGAUGGAUCUUGGUGCCACUCCCCCUCGACCUAUUGACACUACGCUGAAUGCCCGUUCUCCGGGUAGUAGGUCUUCCUGGCUUUCACCGCACUCUCCAACUGCGCGGUCUGUGCGGUCCCAGUCGCCGGUGAUUGGGAGUUACUUUGGAACCGGCCAAAGACCUACAGAAACGGUUGAAGCUCCGAGACGUGGUGCGACACCGCUGGAAGAUGACGAUGACCUGGAUUUCUGGGGACGGCCGAGUUCACCGCGUCAGCACGAGGAGAUAGGUAUUGUCUCCGAGUCCGAGAGCGAGAGUAGCAGCAGUGACAAUGUCAUGGAAGAUGAGGACGAUGAGGAAGAGGACACCAUGGAUCUGAUUGGGCAUAGGUGA